AUGAUCAGUGUUACCGUAGCAGCCCAGGGAAAACCAAAACGGCUCUUUGGUGGAAAUUUCAGAGCAUAUGGAAGUGGACGGUUAUCAAUAUGUGAGCUGGAAAAGGAUCCAACUGCUUUGAAAACUAAUGAAACGGGUCUCAGCACAACGACCGUCAAGAUAUGUAUGUUUGUAAAUAAGCUCUUCGAAUUGCUGACAACUUUCAUUCAUUACUGUCUCCCUUACUUGUUCAAUCAGAAGCAGACAUGGUAUUGUCCCACAACUCGCAAAGAAGUGGUUGUACCAGAUCCAGUAAUGCAGCCGGAUCUGGACUGUCCAGCUCUUGUAGAAGUUUUCAAGUUCUUGGAUAUCGAUGAUAUGCUGAAUUGUAAACUGGUGUGUUGGAAGUGGAAUACGGCAAUCAGUGAGAAUGCAUGUGAGCUUGCAACCACCAAGACGGAUCAGAUCCGAAUUCUAUUCGAUGAAGGUGAAGUCGUCUUGUACCCAAUAGACGAGAAAAGGUGCCCAAUUCGUCACCCACUACCACCACUGCAGGUACUCCGAAACCGUCUUCGCCACUUAACCACCCAGUCUCUAUUUGUAAGAGGUCUGAUUCCAGUUGAAUCUGGUCCAGUAUUACGGUUACUACUCAGUUUGACUCUUCAGCCACAACAAAUGUAUUUCAUUUGGAGCAAGUUUUCUGCGGACUCCAUCUUUUUGUUUGAGGAACUAGUCAAGCAAAACUCUGACACUGUCACCGACUUUGGACUAGAAGAAUGCUCCCCAUCACAUCUACUGACAGAUCGCUUGUUGUCUCCAAUUGCUAGUCAUCUGACAUCUCUCCGCUUGUGGAACAAUGGGAAGGGUUCACAUUACGGCGUAACUGACGACACACUUAUUCGUAUUAACCAAGCGAUUCUCCGCGGAUCUCCAGUGGAAACCAUUGACUUGGGGACUUGUUUCGUUUCGAGUGAGGUUGUGUCAUCAAUUGUUAAAAGCUGGGAGCAAACCUCGACAAGUGAUUUGACCAUUAUGUUGAGUCACUGUUAUCCGGUCAACAAACCAGAAGUCAUUCGGCUUCUGCAAGAGAGUAAUAUCACAUUGAAGAAGAAUCAGCAACUACAUUCCAAGAAUCAUAUGUUGACACUUGUAUGUUAA